AUGGACUACCAGAAUCGUGCUGGCUCCAAGUUUGGCGGCGGCGGCGUAGCCUCGCAGUCGGCCUCCAACGCCGACCGGCGCGAGCGCCUCCGCAAGCUCGCCCUCGAGACCAUCGACCUCGACCGCGACCCUUACUUCUUCAAGAACCACGUCGGCUCCUUCGAGUGCCGCCUCUGCCUGACGGUUCACCAGAACGACGGCUCGUACCUGGCCCACACCCAGGGCAAGAAGCACCAGACCAACCUCGCCCGCCGUGCCGCCCGCGAGCAGCGCACCGCCGGCUCCUCGUCCUCGUCCUCCCAGCGCAACCUGCUGGAGCAGCAGCAGCAGCAGGCCCAAUCCCGCCGCAACGCCAUCAAGAUAGGCCGCCCGGGCUACAAGAUCACAAAGAUCCGCGACCCCGUCUCCCGGCAGCAGGGCCUGCUCUUCCAGCUGCAAUACCCAGACGCCAUCCCCGGCGGCCACCCGCCCAGGUGGCAGGUCAUGAACGCCUUCACGCAGCGCGUAGAGGACCCCGACAGGAACUACCAGUACCUCCUCGUCGCCGCCGAGCCCUACGAGACCGUCGCCUUCAAGAUACCCGCCAGGGAGCUCGACAAGCGUGACGAUCGCCAGUUCGACUUCUGGGACCCGGAUGCCAAGGAGUACUGGAUCCAGAUCAUGUUCAUGACCGAGAGGGAGGAGAGGUAUAAUGCUGCUCCCGGCCUGGCCGCUCCUGCUAAUAUGGCAAGGGCAUGA